AUUUCUUUCAGUCGCUUGGCUAUCAAGUACCGGGUGAAUCAAAAAAUAGCUCCGGACUGGUGUGAGACUGUCUGCAUAUUGUUUACAGGAUAUUUCAGAGCCAGGGGGGAUAUUUACCAUGUCUGAGUCGCCGAGGCGGUAGUUGGUGCUCCAGCAAGGAAGCAGAGAAAACAAAAGCCGUGUUGAUGCAGGGUUUCCUUUCCUAGUGUCCGGCGAGGGCAGCUGGAGCCGUUGGCAUCACCGGCCAACUGGGAGGGACAUUUGGGCCGGGCAGAGGCUGGCACCAGACACCACUACUUGGCCUCCUGAGCAUUAUGAAGUCUGAAGACGACCCUGAAGAUGGAGAAGAUCUGACCGGAGACCCCAGCUAAGAGCGGGGCAGCCAGGAUGAAUGUGGGAGGCCAGCGAGUCCGCCAAGGACCGAGGGCAUACCCUCAGCUGCCUCCUGCCUUAUAGCCAAAUGCCCCGAACAGUGUUUACUCUCAGCUGCAAGGACCCGGGGAAUUUAGGAUGAGUUGCCUCUUCUCCUGUGCCCUUAAACAUGCGUUGACUGCCGACUGGAACAAAUACGAUGACCGGUUGAUGAAAGCAGCGGAAAGGGGCGACGUGGAGAAGAUCUCGUCCGUCCUCGCAAAGAAGGGAGUGAACCCCACCAAGCUUGAUGUGGAAGGCAGAUCAGCAUUCCACGUCAUUGCCUCCAAAGGAAACCUUGACUGCUUGAAUGCCAUUCUCCUCCAUGGUGUCGAUAUUGUGGCGACAGAUGCUGCAGGAAGGAACGCUCUGCACCUGGCUGCCAAAUAUGGGCAUGCGCUCUGCCUGCAGAAGCUGUUGCAGUACAACUGCCCAACUGAGAAUGCCGACCUGCAGGGUCGAACGGCCCUCCACGAUGCAGCGAUGUCCGACUGUUCCUCCGGGAUACAGCUGCUGUGUGACCAUGGAGCCAUCGUGAAUGCCAGAGAUGCAGACGGAAGGACCCCGCUGGUGCUGGCCACUCAGAUGUGCCGUCCAACCGUUUGCCAACUUCUGAUUGACAGAGGGGCUGAGGUCAACGCGAGAGAUAAACAGAAUCGGACUGCUCUGAUGCUGGGUUGCGAAUACGGCUGCAAGGAUGCAGUGGAGGUUCUGCUCCGGAACGGGGCUGAAGUCACACUGGUGGACGCCCUCGGCCAUGACUGCGCCUACUAUGCGCGGAUCGGGGACAACGUGGAGAUCUUGUCCCUGGUCAAGGCAGCCAUGGAGGAGUCCGGCAAAGCAAGUUAUGAAGUUAUGAAGAAAGGUCAGCCCAUACCAAAGGUGGCCAACAUUCGGCCGAAGUGGACUCAGCCGAACGCCUUGGAGGAGCAGGGCUUCAAGCCGAUCCAGAAGGAGCCAUGGAACCUGCAACAGGAAGUGGAACGAGAGAAUGAAGACUUGAAAGGCCGGCUGCGGGAGAUCCAGCAGGAGCACCGCAUCCUCCUGGACAGAAUAGGCGGCCUGCAGCUCCAGCUGAACGAGGAGCAAAUGAUUGCUGAUGAUCUGGAAAGUGAGAAGGCUGAGCUCAGGAAGCUUCUGACCACAAAAGAGAAGCAGCAAGAUGAAAGCUUGCGAAUGCUUGAGGCUCUGAAGUCAAAGCUGAGGUUCUACGAGGGUGACCACACAGGAUCUGGAAACAGUUUUGGAAACAGGAAAGAAGAUGCUUUGCUUAAGCAGGAAUCUGGCUAUUCUGCAGAACCACAGGCCCCUGGACCCAUGGCAGCCAGCCUACAGAGCCGGUCCAUGGUGCGUCCCUUGGAGCUGCUGGGCCCAAGCCUCUCCUCAGCCUCUGAGGUAGAUGCUCUCAAGCGGGAACUGGGCAGCCUGAGGGGCGGAUAUGAGGCGUCCAGGGCUGAGGUCAGCCGGCUGCAACUGGAACUUUCCCACAAGGCCUCCGAAUGCAAAGCUCUGGCCUCGGAGUGCGAGCGGUCCAAGCGAGAGUCCGACAAGCAGAUCAAGCAGCUGGAGGACGCCUUGAAAGAUGUCCAGAAGAGGAUGUUUGAUUCAGAAGGCAAAGUGAAGCAGAUGCAGACGCACUUCCUGGCCCUGAAGGACCACCUGACCAGCGAGGCAGCAUUGGGUAGCAGCAAGGCAGCGGAGGAGCUGCGGGAUCAGCUGAAAGACAUGAAGGCCAAGUAUGAGGGAGCCUCGGCCGAGGUGGGCAAGUUGCGCAACCAGCUGAAGCAGAAUGAGCUUCUGGUGGAGGAGUUCCGGAGAGAUGAAGCAAACCUGCUGGAAGAGAACAAGAGGCUGCAAAAGGAAAUGGGCAUGUUGAAGAUGGAGCGUGAAAAGAGGGAGCGAAGGGCGGCGGAGGCAGAGGCGCAGCUGAAGGAGACGGCAGCCAAGCUGGCCGACCAGUAUGAAAAGAUGAAGGCGUCACUCUCUGCCGAAGUGGACGAAAAGGCCCGGAGGUUGGCUGAGAUGGAGAAGGAGCAUGAGAAGCUGUUGGGAGAGACUCAACGCCUGAGGAUGGACCUGGAGGGCCAGAGAGCGCAGUUUCAACAGUUUGUGAGGCCGGAGGAGCACAGACUUAUGAAAAGCAAGUAUGAGCAGAGGGGCAGGGAGCUGGAGAGGGUGCAGGCGGGAUUGAAACAGGCAAACCAGGCCCUGCAGAAGGAGCUGGAAAAGGCCCAAGCAGACAAUAGCCUGCUCAAGCAGCAUGUGGACACACUCAGGAGUGAGAUGGACAAGCAAUUCGUGCCUCGGAAGGUCAAUGAGGAGAUGAAGAAGGCCAAUGACUUGAUUGUUGGGGAGUUGAACAGAAAACUCAUGGAGGUCACUGAAAAGCAUCGCGUAUGCAAAGGGGAAGUAGAGAGAUUGCUGGCAGAGAAGAGCUCUUUGCAGGACACGGUGAACCACCUUCAGUCCAUUUAUGUCCCCCCUGAGAAGCACGAGAAGGAAACUGGGGCCUUGAAAUCCACCGUGAUGGAACUGAAGAGGCAGCUUGCUGAUCUGGGCCAAAAAUGCAAAGAGGAGCAAGCCAAAGUAUCCGAACUUGUGUCCAAAAAUACUGCUCUUCAGGUUGCCCUGAAAGAGCGGUAUGUGCCAGCUGAAACUCACGAGGAGACCAAGGCUGCCUUGAACAGCACACUGGAGAAAACUGGCCAGGAACUCUCAGAUCUGAAAGAAAAAAUGGAAGGUGUCAAGCAGGAGUUUUUGAAAGUCACCGAAGAAAACAGGGCAUUGGCAAGUAAGCUGCGAGCCCUGCAGAGCCAAAUGCAAGGGGAGUACAUCAGCACGCGCGAUCAUAACAGCCAGGUCGCGGCUAUGAACCAAAGCAUCCAGGAGCUUCAGAACAACAGUUCGGAAAUGCUUGCAAAGUAUCAGCAGAAGCAAGAAGAGGUUGUGCAGUUGCACGUGGAGAUUGAGGCACAGAAGCAGGAGCUUGAUAUGAUCCAGGAAUGCAUCACGUCCAAGUAUGCCCCACUGGCCAGCCUGGAGGAGAAGGAGCGUGGCUUCGAGGCCGCAGUGAAGGAGCUGAGGGGCCAGCUGGCCGAACGUGGGGAGCAGUUGGCGGGGAAGGAGGAGGAGAUCAGGACCUGGCGCCAGGAGAAUGAAAAGCUGAGGGCCGGUCUCCUGGCUGUCCAGAAUGAUCUCCAGCACAACUAUGUACUGGUGGAGAAGUCGCAUGAAAUGGAACGGACCUUCACUGCCAAGGUAGAGGACCUCAACAAGCAGCUGCAGGAGCUGCAGCAGAAGUGUGCAGACAUCCAGUCGGAGAAGGAGCAGCUUCAGGAGGAGAGCGCCAGGCAGCGCUCGGAGGCCCAGGAAGCCCAGAGCCGCCUCCAGGGCCAGUAUGUGCCGGUGGAGCAAGUGGAGGUCCUGAAGCGGGAGCUUAACACUGCCAUUGAGGGGCUGAAAGGAGAGCUGAGCAGCCAUGAAGCUGGUCACCAAAAGGAGCGCCAAAAGGCUGAAGAGCUGCGGCAGGAACUGGCCCAUCUUAGGACCACCUCUGUCUCCUUGGCGGAGCACACUCGGAUCAAGGAAGGGCUGGAAGGAGAUGUGGUGAGUGCAAAGGCCGCCUUGAAAGAGAAAGAGCAGGAGAGCCAAGCCAGGGGUGAGGAGAUCAGUACACUGCAGUCAGGAAUCCAAGGCGCAAAGCAGUCACUGAGGGAGCUGGAGAGCCGAGCGGAGGCCGAGAGGCUGGAACACAAGAUGGUGACCCUCAAGCUGGAAAGCCAGGUCACCAGCAUGGCCGAAAAGGUGGCCUCACUGAGCGCAAAGCCUGAUGGGAUGCGUGAGAAGGCUGUGCAGGUGAAGGCGGAGGAGCUGCCACUGACUGAAGGCGAAACAGAACAGCCCCAGUCUCCAAGGGCCUUCAGCAUUGAGCAGGAGAUCAAGGACCAGAAGGAGCGGUGCGACAAGUCCCUCAGCACCAUUGUGGAGCUGCAGAAGAGGAUCCAGGAGUCAGCCAAGCAGGUGGAAGCUAAGGACAACAAGAUUACUGAGUUGCUCAAUGAUGUGGAGAGGCUGAAGCAGGCCCUCAAUGGUCUCUCCCAGCUGACCUACAACAGUGGCGUCCCUACAAAGCGGCAGGUCGAAGUUCUCCAGGGCCAAGUGCAGACCCUACAGCAGCAGCUGGCUGAUGCUGAGCGGCAGCACCAGGAGGUCAUCUCCAUAUAUCGAACACACCUCCUCAGUGCUGUCCAGGGUCAUAUGGAUGAAGACGUCCAGGCAGCCUUGCUGCAGAUCAUCCGCAUGCGCCAGGGCUUGGUUUGCUAAAGGGGUUGGCGCGGCGGUCGCACCCGCCAGAGCACUGUCCCCUGUAGCAGCUUUGCGGGGCUUUGCGUUACGGUAGUUUUUGCAGAUAUUCUUGCAGGAAAAAAAAAUUAUAUUAACACAAGCCUGCUUUUUUAACACCAACAAGGGCUCGCAAAGCUUGCGAUCUGAAAGUUUUUUAAAAGUCUCAUUUUUAUUUAUUGGUGGUCAAAAUGAUGACAAAAGCAAAGGUCUUCUGAAUGUCGGAUUGACAACAGUAAAAUGCUAAAACAAAGUUCCGGGCCCCUCUUCCCAUUUCAUUGUAGAGCACAAAAAUAGGGGCAAUUGAGGGCCUGAGGCCAAAACACACUCACUGUGGCCUAUUAUCCUGUACUGUUUUUUUUUUCAGACUGGGUUUCAUUUUUCAAUGGAUUUUGGGAAACACUGCAUGGCUGAGGCUUGGCUGGCCAAGUUGCAGCUUCUUUUAAAAGGAACAGUGCCUUCUUCUUGCUGUUUUUUCCCUCAAGAGAAAAGAGCAAAGCCCACGAGACACUACCUGGCUGUUCUUUUUGUACAAGAUCUUUCUUUUUCUCCCUUCUUCUUCCACUAAUUCUUUGUUACUGAUUUACUCAUAGUUUCGGAGACAGCGGGACUGAAUGGAAGGCUAUUUACGCAGCAGCUGAAUGUGUCUUUUAGAUAAUGCUUUUUGUUGUCGUCGUUUUUUAAAAGAGAGAGAGAAAAAAAGCACAGUGGUUUGGAAUGGUGUAAGAAAGGCAGUCUGUUGAGUAAAUAAUUUUCAAGAAAAAAAGAAAGAAAAAGAAGAUCUUGGCCCCAUGAGAUCUCACUUUAGGGUGCUUUGGGGAAAGGAGAAGCCGUUCGUAUAUGGGUUUUUUCAGGAUCUGGUGCCAUGGAUGAGAGGAGAGCAGUGUUGCCCAAACUCUGGUCUUCCAGGUGUUUUUAGGCCUUCAGCUCCUGGAAUCUCUACUCAUUCAGUCACCUGGAGGACUAGUAUUUGGGAAUCACUGGUUUUGAGGAUACGGCGCAGGAUGGGGCCCAAGAUCAUCAUCGUUGUCUCCUCCUCCUCUUUCUCAAUCAUCUCCUUCUCCCUCUCCUUCUCUUCCUCUUCUUCCUCCUUCCUCCUCCUCCUCAUUUUUGUUCUCCUUCUUCCUCCUCCCCACUUUCUUUUACUCCCUCUUUCUUUUUCUCAUUCUCUUCUUUCUCUUCUUCUUCUCAUUCUCCUUCCUCUCUUUCUCCUUCCACCUCCUCCUGCCUUCUGCUUCUCUUCCUCCUUUCUCUUCCUUCCUCCUCCUCCCUGCUUUCUUUUUCCUCCUCUUUCUCCUUCACUUCUUUCUCCUCUUCUUCUCCUUCCUCCUCCUCCUGCCUCCUCCUUCUCUUCCUCCUCUUCUUAUUCUCCAUCAUUUCUCCUCCUCUUCUCAUUCUUGUUCUGCUCCCUACUCUUCUUCCUCCUCCUUUCUUCUACUCAUUCUCCUCUAUCAUCUCCUCCUCCUCCUCCUUUCUUCUUUCUGUUCUCCUUCCUCCUCUCCUCCUCCUGCCUUUUCUUUCCCCUUUCUUUCCUCGUCUUUCUUCUCCUUUUCCACCUCCUCUUCCUCCUCCUCCUCUUUCCAUACCCAAAUCAUCCCAUUUGAUCCAGCAACCACUCGUUGAACCCUAUUAUGGUCAGCUAGGUUUGGAUGGAUUUGCCAACCCCUUCUCCCUCUAUCAGUUCUGGAAACACUACGAUGUGUAAAUGAUAUAACCCACUACAGUAGGCGUCUCUUUAUGCAGGGAUAGGCGUGGAUCUGGGGGUGGUUGGGGGGGGGGGGGUAACGUGGCCUCACAGGUCUAUGAAUAAGUACUACAAAAGCCAAUAAUUAGCAGCUCUUUCUUUUUUUCCCUUCUUCUCUCUGAAGACAUAAAUGUGCAAUUAUCCCAAAGUCAGAAAACACUGUUUUUUUUCUGGAAAGAAAAUGGAAAACCUUUAAGUGAGGAUGGUAAAUGAGCCUUUUGCAAACUGUUCACCUAUUUGGAGAGCGAAGGGGCUUGAAUCCUCUGCCCUGAUGCCUCUGAAGGCCUUCCUGGCUCCACCAAUGUGCUUUUUGCGCUUCCAUAGAUCCAUAACGGCAUGCCCAGAUAGAUCUCAAUGGGAUCUGCGCACUGACCCACUCUCACUGGGCCUGUCCUCCUUUAUGCUGGUGCUGCAAACGGCAGGCUCCCGAGGCGACGCAAGCACAAAUGUCUUAACUCGUUCCUCCUCGGUGCGUCCGUACCAAAGCGUCCUUCCUGUCUCGAGCGGGGGAACUCUGCCUCUGCCAAAGUGGAGCCGGUCAUCGGAGCCUCUGCCCCUUUGCAACGUGGGUUCGUUCUGGCUGCUCCUCUCCCUGCACAAAAGCCCAAUCGAUUUCACCAAGUGCUCUUCUUCUUGCUCUUUUUGCGGCAGCCGUUUUUGUAAACUGGACAGUAACUGACUAGGUUGGGUUUUUUUUCUCCUUUAUUUUCUUUCUUUUGAUAUACUAAUACUGGAAGUAUUGUAACUCCCCCCCCCCCAUUUUGUGUACUUUUAUCCUCCAACACUACAUAUCGAUCAAUAAAAAAGUUUUAUUGUGUUAA